UCUCAUUCCCUACACAGUACACAGCACCACCAGCACCACCGCCAUCUCCACCUCCUCUGCAUCAUUCUCUUCUACAAUUUAAAUCUUGCAUGGCAGUGAGCUUGCUUGCAUGCGAUGUAUCCGACCUCUGUCUAGGCAAGCCUGCACUGAGGUCUCUCCCGCUCACCGCUACUGUGGCUGAAGCUCUCUCCGCUCUUAAGAACUCUGAUGAUAACUUCUUAAGCGUCUGGAGUUGUGACCACAAACCCAAAACAAUUACUGGGUUUCAACCUGAUGUUGAUGGAGAUGAGUGUAAAUGUGUUGGGAAAGUGAGCAUUGUGGAUAUCAUAUGCUAUCUUUGCCAGGAUGAGAAUUUGCUGUCCCCUUCUUCUGCCUUAAAAGCUCCCCUCUCUCAUCUGUUGCCUAAGAUUCCUGGACUUGUCACUCAUGUGGAACCAUCUUCGAGCUUAUUAGAGGCAAUUGAUCUGAUCCUACAAGGAGCUCAAAAUCUGGUGGUACCAAUAGAGACUAGACUCGAUUCAUCCAGUUCAAGAAGAAAAAAGCAGCAGAAAGUCUUGGUAACAACCAGCACCCCCACCACCAUCCACGGCGGCCGUGAAUUCUGCUGGCUAACUCAAGAAGAUAUAAUCAGAUUCCUCCUCAGCUCCAUCGGCCUUUUCUCUCCCAUCCCGGCUCUCUCCAUCGACAACCUUGGCAUCAUCAGCACUGACAUCUUUACGAUAGAUUACCACUCCCCUGCUUCCUCUGCACUUGGAGCCAUUUCUCGCUGUCUCAGAGAUCAAACCUCUGUCGCAGUGGUUGAUGGCGACGAGGGUAUCCUGAUCGGUGAGCUGUCACCAUUCACACUAGCCUGCUGCGACGAGACCGUCUCAGCAGCCAUCACUACCUUGUCCUGUGGGGAUCUAAUGGCCUACAUUGACUGUGGAGGCCCUCCAGACGACCUUGUCAGAAUAGUGAUGGAAAGGCUGAAGCAGAGAGGCCUAGAAACCAUGCUACAACAAUUCAGAAGCUCUACAACACCACUGGUCUCGCUUUCUUCUUCAUCAUCAUCAGAUGAGGAAUCAGGAACAACACUGCAAAGAUCAGGGAAGUACAGUAGGUCAAUGAGUUACUCUGCCAGGUUGGUGAGAAAAGCAGAGACAAUAAUUUGCCAUCCCAAGAGCUCACUGGCGGCAGUGAUGAUUCAGGCAACUGCACACAGAGUGAAUUAUGUGUGGGUUAUUGAGGAAGAUUGUAGCUUGGUUGGCAUUGUCACAUUUCAUAAUAUGUUGAAGGUUUUCAGGGAGCUUUUGGAGGCUAUGGCCUAAAAGGCUUAGCAGAAGAGUGAUGAGGAGUCCUUCUAUCAAAGUUUUGUCUUUUGGGUUUCCAAGGCUGCUUAGUUUGAGAAAAUAAGCGAUUAUGUGAACAUGGGAACACUUUUCUUCACUUCAUGUAUGUGUUUUUUAAAAAAAUUUUGUGUUUCAAUUAUGUGAAAGCAGGAAAUUAAGUAGACAUUGGCAAAUGAUGUCUCUUUAAUCUGUAUCCUCUUCGUUUUUGUAUUGUAGUUUUUGGCCUUUUUUUUCUUGUGAGUCAUUAUUUGCUGGUUAAGCUAAUGGAGUUAGGUAAAGGACAAAUGGCUGACAAAUCAGAUAUGAAGCAAUCUCACAUGUGGACAGGGGGCCAAAGUCAUUGACAGGAUAACUAGUUGCUCAAGCUCAACCCCUCUUUCAAUGGUGACAACUCAUGGGUGUGGGCUUCACUCUAGAACUAUCUCUGUCCUAAAAUUAUUAGUGCUGAAUUCAUGUCAGGACAACAUUAGUAUUUAUGUUGGUUCUUGGAUAUGGUCCGUCAAUUAUUUUCAUAUGAUGCAUUUUCUUGUUGCUAUCU